CUGGUUUGGGUAUAAGGGUAAUGGUAGCUUCAUAGAAGUAGGUGAGAAAUUUUCUUUCCUCUUCAAUUUUUCAGAAGUGAUUUUCUAGAACUAAGUAUUAGUUCUUCCUUAAAUGCUAGAAUUCAUCAAUGAAUCAUUGUAAAGUUUUGUUUAUGGCAAAGUUUUUAACUAUAAGUUUCAUAUAUUCAGAGCUAUUCUUCUCAAGUAACCUGUGUUGAGUUUGUCAUAAAGUUGUGCAUAAUAGCCUCUUGUGAUUACAAAAAUACCCUGUCUAAUAUGUAACCAUGGCCUCUCUCUGUUCCUGAUACAGAUAAUUUCUAUCUCCCUUUUCUUCUACCUAAUGAGGCUGGCUAGAGAUCUGCCAAUUUUAUUGAUCUUAUCAAAUAAUAAUUUUGAUUUCUUUCAUUUUUCUCUGUUGCUUUUCUUGGCUGCUCUCUUAUUUAUUUCCUUUCUUUUGCUUACUUUGAGUUUCAUUUCUCCUAUUCUGGUUUCUGAAGGUAGAAACUGAAACUAUUGAUUUGAGACCAAUCUUUCUGAAAAUACAAAUGCAUUUCCUGCAUAUAUUGCAUUAUAAGUGUCUCUGUGACCACUGCUGUAGUGUAAUCUGCAUAUUUUUAUAUGUUGUGUUUUUCGUGUGCAUUCACUUAAGAAUGCAGAUUUAUCUUUUGGUUUUUGAUCCAUGAGUUACUUAUUUUCCAAAUCUUUUGAUUUUUUUCCCAGGUAUCUCUCUAUCAUUGAUUAACACUAUAAUGUUAUUGUGCUUAGGGGGAACAUAGUUUGUAUGAUUUAAGUCUUUCAAAAUUUAAGAGUUGUUUAGAUAGGUAUAAGGUCUGUUUUCUUAGAUAUUGCAUGUGUAUUGAAGAAGAACACUGCUGUUUGGGGGGUGGAUAGUGUUUAUGUCCAUUCUGAUUUUCUACUUGUUUUAUUAAUUACUGAGAAAGAACUAUUGAAAUAUCCCACUAUAAUUAUUGAUUUACAACUUCUUUUGGCUCUGUUUUUGCUUCAGGUAUUUCGACGCUCUGUUACAGGGAUAACUAUUCCGAAUAACUUUAAGAUUGUUCUGUUCUCUUGAUGGAUUGGCCCCUUUACCAUAUUCAAUAAUCUGGCUUAGCUCUGGUCAUUUUUGUUCAGAAAUCUACUUUACUACUAAUACUCAUACCCAACCACAACCCAAACCCAUUGCCAUCCAUAUGAUCCAACUAACGGCAAUACCAGAUAGCGCUUCCAAGACUGGAAAGCUUUGUAGAAGCAGUCAGCCCCAUUUUCACCUGUGGAGAAGCUGGCAGUUUGAACCAUUGACCUUGUUAACAGGCCAGUAUCUAACCCCAUGAGCCACUAGGUCCCCUUACUAAUAUUGCAACUUCAGUUUCUUUUGUCAGUUUUACUUUUCCAUACUUUAACAUUUUGCCUGAGCACAUUUAACCAUUUGUACCGCUUUAUUUGGGGCGAUUUGGUCAUUAAAGAAAUAUUUGGGCACUUAGAAACAAUCAAAUGUGAAUUCUGUUUCAACAGAAAUGGUUUAAUACAUACUUUUGUUUUCUCCAAAAGAGAGUGAAUCUUUAUAUGCAUAUACAGUACUUGUAAUGUACAUUUCUUUCUUUUAUUUUAAGGUUGUAUGCUAGCUCUGCAAAGACAUUUCUCUCUGCAGAGAAAUCCAUGAGCCCUUUGCAGUGGUGUAGACAUGUCCUGGAUAAUCCAACUCCUGAGAUGGAAGCAGCAAGACGGUCCCUAUGUUUUAGACUGGAGCAAGCUAGCCGAUGGCGGACUCUCCUCUCUUCACCUGCCUCCCUGGCUUUUCCUUAUAGUCCUAUUGCAAGACUCAGUCCUUAUAACAGUGGCGCUAAUACUCCCAGCUUCUCUAAAACCUCGAAUAAAGCAAUACUAACACCUGAAAGAACAGGUUACACUUCGAGGGCCUCCCCCCUCAGUCCCCAGUCAUCUAUAGACAGUGAGCCGAGUACUUCAGAACUGGAGGAUGAUUCCAUUUCCAUGGGAUAUAAGUUACAGGACCUCACUGAUGUUCAGAUCAUGGCUCGUCUGCAAGAAGAAAGUCUCAGGCAAGAUUACGCUUCUACUUCAGCAUCUGUGUCAAGAUAUAGUUCCAGUGGGUCACUGAAUUCAGGAAAAAAGGGUCUGUGUAGUGAUCAAGAAUAUGAUCGAUACAGCCUGGAGGAUGAGGAAGAAUUUGACCAUUUACCACCACCUCAACCCCGUCUUCCAAGAUGCUCACCUUUCCAAAGAGGAAUUCCCCAUUCACAAACUUUCUCUAGCAUUCGUGAUUGUAAAAGGAGUUCAAAUUCCCAGUAUUAUCCUUCAAGUAAUUACCAGCCGCAACAGUAUUAUUCAUCUCAAGCCCAAACUCCAGAUCAGCAACCAAAUAGGGCAAAUGGAGAUAAGCUCCGAAGAAGUAUGCCUAAUCUUGCCCGAAUGCCAAGUACAACCACCAUCAGUAGCAACGUUAGCUCUCCCGUCGCCGUGAGAAACAGUCAGAGUUUCGACUCCAGUUUGCAUGGAGCUGGAAAUGGGCUUUCAAGAACACAGUCUUGUAUUCCAUCACCAGGACAGCUUCAACACAGAGUUCACAGCAUGGGACAUUUCCCAGUGUCUGUCCGGCAGCCUCUUAAAGCCACAGCCUAUGUGAGUCCAACCAUUCAAGGCAGCGCCAGCAUGCCUUUAUCCAAUGGCUCACAGCUACAUUCCAACACAGGAAUCCCCACCCCAAACAAAACGGCAGCUUCUGGGAUCAUGGGCCGCAGUGCACUUCCAAGACCUUCUUUGGCAAUAAAUGGGAAUAACCUGCCUCGAAGCAAAAUUGCACAGCCGGUGAGAAGUUUCCUUCAGCCUCCCAAACCCCUGUCUUCACUCAGCGCUCUGAGGGAUGGAAACUGGAGAGAUGGUUGCUACUGAUGCGGUUUUUAUGUACCUUUGAAGACCGGGGAGGAAAUGAAAAAUGAGGGUUUGUGUUACCUAGCUGGCUGGGUAACCGUGGAUGUUGGGAUAUUCUUUCCCUUUGCAUUUUAACAUAUUUAUGGCAUUGUUUUUUCAAUGGACCAGUCACCAGAGACUAAUUGUUGCACUUAAAUAUUUGCCUGAGAUACUGCAACACUGUCAAAUCCUCGGUUGCAGUAUUGUGAUACUUAGAUCUAGAAAGGUUUUGUAGAACUGCUAUGUACCCGAAUACCUUUUUGAGAGAAUUAAGAUGUAUCAAUAAUCCUUUGCCAUAUACAUUUUUAAAGGUAACUUGUUCACGUUACUUACUGUUCUAAACAUCUUAUUUCCAUGACAUGAACAUAUUUUAAUACAUUGAAUAUUUACAAUUAGGUCCUGUAACUUAUAUUUUGAAGUUAAUUUUUUAAUGGUUUACAGCAGUGUUUCCCACAGUGGGUGAUGCUGCCCCCUGGGGGCACUAAAGUGAUCCAGAGGGGCUGGAACGCAAGAUAGCUACACUUGUUCCAGAAUUAUGGUCUAUAGUAUAAAAGUUUUUCAUUGCCAGGGAGGCACUGAGUACAUUUGUUUUUUGUCCUAAAAAAGGGUUGGUAGUCCAAAUAAGUUUGAGCCCUGAUGGUUUACAGGAUUUUUGGUGGGUGGUGGCGGGGGUGGUGGUGGCGGCAGGUACCUAUUUGUUUUUACACCUACGUGAGCCACUAUGGAACAACUUAAAAUUUUGUGCCAUAAAAAUAUUUUUGUGGUAAGGUACUAUUUUUUUAGCUUUAGGGAUGUAUCAGCAAAAAUGUACCCUACGAUUUGAGAGACAAUUUUUUGUUGAAUGAGCACAAAGUCUUCUGAAUCAUUGGAAGGAGAUAGCCAGACAGCAGAGUUAAAUGCCCCCGUCUUUUUCUUCAUGAAUUUAUAGUCAUAUGUGAGUUUCAUAUUUAUAAUGGCAUCACAAGCUCAUUGCACUUAAAACCUGCAAUGAUUGCUACUAAACUAUCAUUUUUUAAACACUUUAUUACAAAGGAUGAAACUGUAAUGUUUUAUUAACAUUGCUUCUAGAAAUGGAUCCAUUUUAAAGCAAAUAAAUCUUUUGAUAGAUCUUUUACAAAAUCCAUUUGCACUAAUGAAUGCUUUCUUAUGGUAUAUGACUCAAUAUUUGUUAUACUGUGUACACUGCUGUUUUGGAAUGUUCAGAAAUAAAGACUCUAUUUCAGCAAUAUCAGACCAUGAAUGAAUGUACAAUAUCAACAGCAUAAAUGUGUAUAUCCUCCCCUGUGAUUUUGAAAGUAUGUAUUAUUAUUCUUCUGUAAGGUCUUUAUACCUAAAGCAGGCAGACUUAGAAUCUGUUUAUUUGGGAAAACUACAUCUGAUUUUUCUAAAGUACUUCUAAAAAGAAAUUUGAGAUUUUGAUUGUACAAUGAAGUUGAAGUUCCAUUUAGAAAGGCCACUAAAAUACAAACAGCCUUGAACACAGGGAUGUACAUUGACAGUUGAAAUUAUCCAGUUUUAUGGUAUCAUUUUUAUUUAAAUAUACUUGUCUGUCUACACACACAGAUGGGGGCUACAGCACAUUUGUGUAAAAUUAGAAUUGAAAGAUAAUAGAAUUUUUCCACGAAAUUUUGAAGCCCCCUCAUGUAUGUAUGUAUGUAAACAUAUAUCUAAAACCGUUUCCCAAUUCAACAAUUUUAACACGAAUAAUUCAGAUUGAUUAAAUUCAUCAUGUUGUAUAA